UGCAGUCUGGAGCUUCUGUGUCGCGACGCGUCUCGUAACUCGCCCUCUCUGCCUGUCGGUGUGCUUGAUUUUCCUUUUGAUUUUUUUUUUCCGGGUGGAAAGAGGAAAGAACGUAGGUCUGUAAUUUUUGCUGAAAUCUGCUGAUUUUUUUUUAGAAAGAAGAAGCUCGCGUAUUAUCUAUUGCUGUCAUUUGGCGUGAUUUGUUGGGUGCGUGUGUGUUUGUGGACUAGUGGAAAAUUUGGACUGGAUUUUCCGCCCCGACAGAGGAGUGUCAGUCGCCAGCCCGAAACGAGGACACUCCUGGCGUGACGGGCAGUAAAAAGCAAUGAGUUGUGAGCGUUCCAAAGUUCCAAGUCAUCAUCAGGACCGCCGGGAACUGUAAUCAGGACUUGGCGCUGCUGCUCCACCCAAAAACAGAAGAAAAAUGUGCAAUUUGUCGGUGGUUUCGGAAGACGACGAGGACGACACGGUCUAGAAGGGGUCGUCACCAUCAAUCCGCGUUUGAAGUAUUCUUCCGGCACAAGUGUCGAGUGAAAUACGGUGUUAUUUUUGGCCUCCACACCCCGUCUCCAAAAAACCACCACAGCAAAUAAUACACCCAUGAAGAAGCACUCAAUUUAGGGGGGCCCGCUAAUCAACGCCGCAAACGAUCGGCGAAAAAUUUCAGAAAUAGCCGACGAGCAGGACCGCGACCCGAAUCUACUGUCGUACAGAGAUCAUCAUCACUCGUCACUGCUUCGGCUGCUGCUGGACACACGGUGAUCGUCAUCUUCAGCCAAGAUCGUCACAUCGUCUGGGGUUCGAUCCUGCUGACUUAGUUCGCGCUCGUUUCGGCAUCGGUUUGGACACGGCGACGAAUUCCACCCCGGGAGUCCUUUUAGCUCGUGAAUAGUCGUGUCACGGAAUCGCAGGUGGUUUCAUUCGAGGGAGAAGUCACGAGGUCGUUUGUUUGUGAAGUGCAUGUGUUAAAGUGUUGCUAAUUAAGUUUGAAAAAAAAAAUCAAAGAAGAGCUUAAAAAUCAAGUGUAUGGGCGGGGCUCCUUGGCGGUGGUAUUCCUGGCCUUGAAUUAUUAAAAAUAUAGAAGAAAAAAAAAUGUAAAGUGAAGAAUAAGAAAAGUUCGAAAGAAGCAAUCGGUUGUUGGGUUCCGGAAGGUGCCUCGUGUGUGCGCCAAGCGCCGUAAAAGCCAAAGUUCAUGUGAGUGUUAGUGUGACAAAGGGUUGUUGUUGAUACAGUUCCCGUGAGAGAAAGAGUGAGAGAGCACAUGGUUCCACUAAUUGGAUUACCAAGUUGUACAGCAGCGGUGUGUGAUCGAUUGUGAACUUGCUCUAAACUCUAAUCCCGCGCGCAUACAAUCAUGUUAAAAAAGUGCACUUUCCCUCCGCAGUAGAGUGGCUGGCUAGUGUGUGUGUGGUGGAAAACGCACCACGGAAUCCGCACAAUCGAAAACCUCAAUUGGAAAAGUCAACGCAAAAUUCGGAACCCAUCGUAACGUCGAGCAGCGCCAAGAAAAGUGGUAGCAUCGCAAUUGGACUAGUAUUGGUUGAAUUGAAUAAAAAAACUGCGAAUUACUAAAAGAGAGAGAAAGCAGCAAAAUUGUACCCAAAAAAAAUUCAAACACCCUUUUCUGGUUUCCUUCCUUACGACCUAAAUUUUGGUUUUUAAAUUUGUGGCCUCGUAGCGUUUUCUGAGCAGCAGUAUUUAGUGUUAAAUUUUUGUUUGUAUUGUUGCUAAUCAAAUAUUCACAUCAUCACAAUUGAAAAAAAAUCGCACAUUCUAUUGAGAUCAAGUGACGUCACCGGGCUCACCUUAUCUUGUAUGAGUGACCCAAGUUCGCACAACGCGUCCGACACAAUAGAAGAUUUUCCCUCUCACUCAAACCAACCGAACCACCAACCAUCACCAUCACACACCACCGAAAAGCAAUCAUCUGACGAGCUUAACACAAUAGAAAGCAACCAACAUCAACACAGGACGGCGACGCCGGUUGGCCGCGAAAACCCGACGACGAGGGCGGACCCGACGGAGGAGCAUUCGCCGAAAAUGCCGAAGCACCUGCGGCCACCGACGUCGUCCAAUGCGUACGGCCGGAUCGGCAUGGUACCGGAAUCGGACGACUCCCUGCACAGUCAGGAGCAGGACCCUCAGGUGACGGAGGAGUCGCUCGAGGUAUGGCGGAAGCUGCCGGCGGUCAUCCGGCAGGACCCGAGCCUGGCCUCGUUCCGGCAGGAGCACGAGCGGUUACACGGUACCGAAGACGAUCCGUUGCCUACGGAGGACGAUCCGUCGGCGGACGACGGAGAUGACGGCAAGGAGUUUAUCACAAUUAAGGUCACAAAUCCGGACUCGAGCGGAGUCACCGACGGAACCGACGGUGUCAAGCGGAGCGUCUCGUCCACGGCGGUAGCACGUGCCAACAAACAGCAGCAGAACGGCGAGAAGAAUGGCCCCAACACCACAACCGAUGGGGACGUCGAGGAGCCGGAAGUUACGAUGCACUCGAUGCACGGCCAUCCGCACCAGCAGCACGGCAAGGUGUUCACGUACAUCAAGCUGACGGCGCUGCUGGUGGUGUGGCUCGUCUUCACCGGCUUUCUCAUGUCCAAGAACGAAAAGGAGCUGGAACCGCGGCAGAUGUCGAUCCCGGAGAGUAAAGUUAGGACAUACAUUUUGCCGGACGCACCUCCCGGGUCCAGGGUCGGGAUCUACCUCAAGGGUUCCUUCCUGAACGACCAGCAGCACAACAUGACGACCAACUACGUUUCGGUGAACCUGCAGCUGCUCUACACCGGCAACAGCAACAACAGCUCUGGGAACAUGUCCUACGUGCAGGAGCACGACGUGAAGCACGUGGAGAACGUAACCGACGCCUGGCUGGUCCCGAUCCCGAUGGACGUCUCCGGGCUCGACCAGCUCGACGAGAUCUCCCGCAAACACACGUUCGACAUCGGCACUGCGAACCACCGCAAGGUGACGGCCGGCAAGGCGGUCAUCCGCGUCCGGCUCAGCUCGAACGCGGACACGGACGUGCCUGUACGGUUCACGUACGACCCGACACCGAUCGACAAGGAAACGGGCGUCAUGUACGCGGCGAUCGUGCUGCUCGGUCUGUACGUACUGAUCAUCUGGGAGAUAGUAAACCGUACGUUUGCGGCGAUUAUCGCGUCAACGCUCGCGAUCGGUGUCCUGGCGGCGAUGAACGAGAGGCCCAGUAUGCCGAAGUUGAUCUCGUGGAUUGACGUGGAGACGCUGCUGCUGCUGUUCGGAAUGAUGAUCAUGGUGGCGAUUCUGUCGGAGACGGGCAUCUUUGACUUUUUGGCCGUGUACGCGUACCAGGUGACGAACGGCAAGGUGUGGUCACUGAUCAACUGUUUGUGUGUGUUUACGGCGGUGCUGUCGUCGUUUCUGGACAACGUCACUACGGUGCUGCUUAUGACACCGGUUACUAUACGACUGUGUGAGGUGAUGGAGUUAAAUCCGGUGCCGGUGUUGAUGUCGAUGGUUAUCUACUCGAACGUCGGAGGCACACUGACACCGGUUGGCGAUCCGCCAAACGUCAUCAUCGCCUCCAACAGCUACAUCUCCAAGAAUGGUGUCAACUUCGCGACCUUCACCCUGCACAUGGCCAUCCCGAUUGCGAUCGUUAUGGUGACGACGUACUUCCAGCUGCGCAUGAAGUUCAAGACGAUCAACGAUCUGCGGUUCACCGAGCCCCAGGACGUGCAGGAGAUCCGUCACGAAAUCGCAGUGUGGCAGCGUGCCGCCGCAUCGCUCUCUUCCUACUCCAAGGACGAAGACCUGGUGCGCGAGACGCUGCUCAAGAAGGUGAACCGGUUGUCGCGCUCGCUCAAGAAGAAGCUGGUCAGCGGGUCCGUACCGGUCGAGAGCUACAAGGCCACGCUGGAUGAGCUGAAGAGCAAGUACCCCAUCAGGAACUACUCGCUGCUGGUCAAGUCGGCCGUCACGCUCGUGUUCGUGAUCACCUUCUUCUUCCUGCACUCGGCUCCGGAUAUACAGAAGCUGUCGCUCGGCUGGACUGCCCUGCUCGGAGCGAUACUGCUGCUGAUCCUAGCCGACAGGGAAGAUAUCGAAUCGGUGAUCGCCCGCGUCGAGUGGUCGACCCUGCUGUUCUUCGCUGCCUUAUUCAUCCUGAUGGAAGCCCUCGCCGAGCUCGGCCUGAUCGAGUGGAUCGGAAAGCAGACCGAGAAUGUUAUUUUAUCCGUAUCGGAGGAAUCUCGUUUAGCUGUUGCCAUAUUACUCAUUCUCUGGGUAUCUGCAUUCGCAUCCGCCUUUGUUGACAAUAUCCCGCUGACCACGAUGAUGGUCAAGAUCGCGAUCGGUCUGGCAGAGAACGAGGCGCUCAACCUGCCGCUGAAGCCGCUGGUGUGGGCGCUCGCCCUAGGAGCUUGUUUAGGAGGCAACGGUACACUGAUUGGUGCCUCCGCCAACGUAGUCUGCGCCGGUGUUGCUGAGCAGCACGGCUAUAGGUUUACCUUUAUAGAAUAUUUCAAGGUCGGUUUCCCAGUGAUGGUCGGCAGUAUUAUCGUGUCCACUAUCUAUCUGAUGUUCGCCCACGUGCUCUUCGCCUGGCAUUGAUCAUGCGGUUGCUGCCCGUGCCGCUGCUAAAUCGUGCGCUGCCAUAUUUGAAAGAAAGCAAAGAGGACCGGUCGAUCCCGGACGACCUUCCACGUGUGAAUGAACAAAUGAUGUGAUAUCCUUCCGAAGUCCCGAUCAGAGAGCUGUAGCUGAGUAACGUAGCUUUAGAACACGCCCCUACUCUCAAAAAACACAGAGUGGAAUCAUUGGUCAAUUGAAGUUAAAAAAAAAUGUUAAAAGAAAGGUAAUUUAAGCCCGUCUGAACCGUGUAGGUUUAAACAGCUAAGCUAAAAAGGAAAAUCUUUGAAUAUCAGAAGCAAAAACAGGACACGGUUUUGUCUCCCAACCCAGCCAGAAACACCUUGAACACAGGACCGUAACUUCUCAUCGCCAACCUUCGUCAACCUGUCCCAUUCUCUGAUUUUCACUGUUUUGUUGUCUUUUACUCCUUACUCAUUGCAUGCAGUAUGUUACAAGUAAUCCUUAUCGUUAUCGAACCUUGUUUAUCUUCUGUUUUGUAUUGUAUAUUUACAAAAAUAAAAUAAAAGUGUUGAAAUUAGUAAACCCAAGCUGUCCGCUGUCAACGUUUUUUUUAUUUAGUUAGUUCAAAAUAGCUAAAAGUAAUCUAGUAAGUUAGACAAAGAGAAUAAAACAAACAAGUUGUAAGAACCAUCUUAUUUAUAAGCAACAUGCGACAUUCCACAGCUUCAGUUUAUAUAAAGAGAGAGUUAAACUACAAAAAAAAAUGAGCAUGUCUAAAACAAUCGAACGAUGUGACUAGCAAAAGAGACACGUUAUAAAGAUUUAGAAGAGGAAUUAAUUUUUUAAGAAUUCAAAUUAAUUGUUAAGCGAACCCGUUUGCAGCACACACACAUACAGAAAAGUCAGCUAAACUAGAACGAAUCAUCGUGCAAAACGAGGACGACAACUAAAAACUAUCCAGAAAACAUCACUAAUACUAAAACAAACAAGAGAAACCUAGCUGAGAGCAAACGUUAGCGUUAUUUAACUAUUCUUAGUCGUAGACUCUCUCUCUCGUGGAAAACAAAACACAAACACACACAAAAACACUCAGUUACAGGCAGUUGAGUCGACUUGUGUUGAAAAAUUGUUUAGCCAAAAAAUAAGUGCUCUAAGUUAGGUUCGAACGCGAAAUUCUCAAAUUGUAGAGGAAUGUUGGUUACAUUUUAGGAAAAAAACAAAUAGCUUCCGCUACGCGUACGAUUUCAAUUUCGGUACGCCGCCUCUCCCUCUACUAAUACAUCUGUGCGAUGCAAAUUCACGGGAGAGCAUUCACUGGAAGGUGCGAGAGAGGCAAGCGGAACGCGGAGCGAAGCGAGGUGAAGAAAGAGAAAAAUCGUUAGAGAGAGAGAGAGAAAUAACACAAAAUAACGAAUGUUGUUGUGGCAGUUCAAAAGGUUGCUGGAGAGAACAAGAGAGAGAGCGACGGUGAUGAAAUAGAGAGAAUUUAUAUUUGAAUCAAUGCAAACAGAAAGAUAAUAAAAUUGAGAAAUAUUCAA